GCCACUGUGAGAGGGACACACCUUCCGCUGAUUUUGCCACCGUUUGCACGGGGAUGCGUUUCGAUUCACGGAAAGGUGUCAUCAGUCCAAGACUCGAGUCGUGCUUUCAGCUUGCAGUUUCGCAAUUCUGCGAUUUUUGCGCAUAGGUUACGAGACUGCUCCGCUCCAACUCGAAGAUGACUGGGGUCUUUGAGAACUUAAAUACUGAUAUGCAUUCGAACCAGAUUACCUCAAGCAGUUACCACAGCUUGCACAAAUCGCAGGAGUCCCCGACUCUGCCAGUGUCCACGGCGACGGACAGCAGCUACUACAACAGCCAACAGCCGGGCCACUGCGCGGGGUCUCCGUUUGGCCAACUCGGCUCUUACCAGUACCACGGCAGCGCCACGAGCACUGUGCCAUAUAACGCAAAGUCAUACGACCUUGGCUUCAACUCAUCGUAUGGUGCAUACGGCUCCUACGGCCCCAACUCCUCUCCUGCUCCCGCCGACACAGAGAAAGAAGAGAGCGAGCCAGAAAUCCGGAUGGUGAAUGGAAAACCAAAGAAGGUCAGGAAACCUCGAACCAUUUAUUCCAGCUUCCAACUGGCUGCACUUCAACGGAGGUUUCAAAAGACGCAGUAUUUGGCUCUACCAGAACGGGCCGAGCUGGCAGCCUCGCUGGGCCUUACGCAAACACAGGUCAAAAUCUGGUUCCAAAACCGCCGCUCCAAGUUCAAGAAGUUGUGGAAAAGCGGAGAAAUCCCCCCAGAGCAACAUGCUGCUUCCAGUGAAUCUCCCCCCUGCACGUCCCCGCCAACUACUGCCUGGGACUUUCCACAGACUCAAAGAAUGAACAGUGUCAACCCUAGUUUACCUCAGAGCAGCAGCCCUCCCAACACGACUGCGCCUUCAUCGUUUUUGGCAAACUACUCCUGGUAUUCAACCACGAACUCUACGACGCAUCUGCAGCCUCUGGUCCAGCACCACCACAACUCCGCCAUAAGCGCUGGGACGAUAUUCUGAAGCAAAAAAAAACAACAAAAAAACAACAAAACAUCGGGUUUGAGUCGGACAGUACUGGUGAAAAAAAAAGAAAAUGCCAAUACCUUCAUUUUACAGACCUCUUGUGUGCGCCAUGCGAACUUUUACACGCAAGCAUGUAGGCGAAGUCAACGGAGCCAGGCAGGUUCACGGACCUUGCCAGUUGUCGCACUGGCAAAUGGUAGACACAGAUUUCUACAGUUAUUUUUGUAUUUAUUUAUUUUGUUUAUGUCGAGGGAUGAAUGAACCACUAUUACCCAAAGCAAUCGCAGCCUGGGCGCAAGCCUACUUUUACGCGGACGUCACUUUUUUGCCAUUCCUGCAAAUAAAACGGUCACCGCAGGACAACCCGUCACAAAUGUAGCACAAGUUAUAACUGUAUCGUGCCUUUUUCAAUAUGACCUCAUUUUGUUGUGCGAUAAAACAGCUUACCUUUAUCCAUUCCUCAUGUCGUGAGUUGAUUUGAAUAAACUGGGGGGUAAGUGUCUGAAUCCACGUUUGUAAAUAUUUUACCAAACCUUUUUAAUAGCCCAUGUCGCUUUGACUCUUUCUUUAUGCUAUUGGUGCGAAUCCAUUAAUUAACCACCGUAAGCUACUGAUUGUCCCACCCUCUGAUUUACUUGUAUCACACUUAAUUGUAUUUUUUGUCUUAUUUAUUUUAGCAGUGUUUCAUAUAUGGCCAGACGUUAUUUAAAUAAAAAUGUUUUCUGUGCAAA